GCCCAUGAGUUUGUUAGAUUCAAAGAGAAAAGUUCCUUAAAUAUAGAAUAAAUAUAAAGCCAUAAAUAUAUAAGCUGUUUGGGUUUAACAUAAUCUCUUAUUUUUAGAAAUGAGCCAACCCUUGUGCAUGAGUUACCUUUCAUGAUGAAGACACAAAGCAUAAACACUAAACCAUAUACCCGAAAACAACUCAAACUGAUCAAAUAGAUAGGAAGGGGGAAGGUGCCUUUAUAAUCCUUCCUCUUUCAUUUUAAUUCCUUGGCUCUCUCUUUUGAGAAAGUUCCAUUACAAUUCUCAUCAUAUCAUUAAUUUGGUUUUUGCAUCAACGUUAGGACUAGCCCCCUAAAUGCAUGCAUAUUCAUGCAUGCAUAUGUCUCAAAUUUUUCUAUUACCAACCUAAAAUUUCAUUUCUGAAAGCAUUUCAAUUCAAGAAAAGCAUUAAGGCAUGGCUGCCGUGGGGUUCUGCGGUUUAAAGCCAUUGCUAUUUCGUCGCAAAGCUAGUAUUUUAGAGGGACUGAAAGUGAUAAAAGGCUCUAGCACACCUAAGAAGUCUUGCACACCUAAGAAGUCUUCAAAGGCUCAGAGCAAAGAAAAUGGAGAGUCAAUGGAGUUAUCAUUCGUAGGAGCAGACCAAUUGAUUUUAAUGGUAGAGAUUCAUAUGAAGAUCAUGGCAUUCAGAGAUAUCAUGGACUUAGCUCCAUGUAACAGUUCUGCUUCCUUGCGCGAGAUAGUUAUGAGAACACUGAAUGAUCUACAAAGGCUAUAUCCAGAGAUCAUAACAAAAACUCAAGUGUCAAAGAUUGAGGACAAGUCUAUUGAUCAGGCUGUGGCCUACUUCUGUGAGGCUUUGAAGUCUCUUGGAGAGUCAUGGAUGAUGGACAAUGAUUGCAUGGAUAAGCUUGAUAUUGCAUUUCCAACAUGCAAGGAUGACAACAACAUGCGUCAAUUGGGUGAAACUUUGCUGGUGACUCUAGAUUAUUUGAUGAAGUUAGCAAGUGAGAGAUUUGACAUAGAAGAAGAUGAACAAAAGAAAGAAUUCAGUCCAAAGUCAAGUUCAUUUGGAAAAUUCGUAGCGAGAACCUCUUCAUUUUCAGAUAGUAGCUGCUCAUCUCCUCUAACACCUAGAUCUGUGCUCCCUGAAUUCAUGAAACACUCUUCAAGAUCUAGUGAAAGUCCAAGAAGUUCCUGUGCCUCACCGCGUCUUUGGUCUCUUAGAGUCCAAGCUGUUGGAAAGUUGAAUCCAGUUGAAGUUAAACGUUUGUCUUUCAAUAUGUCACCAACGCAUAUCGUAAAAAUAGACGAGGAACCAAUAACAGAAAUGGAAGUGGAUGAUAAUAAGCCUGUAAAGGAUACAUCAGAGGAUCUUGUCUGUGAUUUGGACACAAAUGAGGAUGAUCAUCAUCAAAAAAUGGUUAAACAUGAUCAAGUUAUGGAAGAAGUGGAGUUACCACUAUCUCCUAAACAAUUUCAACCAAAUUCUCCUAAACCAACACAAACACCUUCUCAUCUACAACAAGCAUCAAUGUCUAUUUCUUCAUCUUCUCCCCCACCCCCUCCUCCCCUACCUGCACCAUUCAUGAUGCCAAAAAAAGUACAGAUAUUACCACCCUCGGCACCUCCACCACCACCGCCUCCGCCACCUAUGCUGCAACCAAAUGUGGCAGUGCCCCCACCUUCAACUCCUCCUCCACCUCCACCUCCACCAGCAGCAGUUAGGAUUCCACCACCUCCUCCGCCACCAAUGUCUCUUAGUUCCGGUUCAGCGACGAUGACUGCAGCCCCACCACCUCCACCACCACCUAUGAAAGGUGGAUCAGUUCCAGCCCCUCCACCACCGAUACCAGGUGGAAAGGGAGGAGCCCCACCACCUCCACCUCCCGGUGGAGCAGGGAGAACCUUGCGCCCCAAGUCAACUACUAAAUUGAAAAGGUCAACACAGCUAGGCAAUUUGUAUAGAACUCUUAAAGGAAAAGUUGAAGGACCUAGCUUAACAGGAAAAUCAGCUGCUGCUGGGAAGAAAAGUGCUAUUGGAGGAGCAAGUAAUGGAGGAAAACAAGGAAUGGCUGAUGCCCUAGCAGAGAUGACAAAAAGAUCUUCUUACUUCAUACAAAUAGAAGAAGAUGUUCAAAAGUACACAAAACAAAUCAUAGAACUGAGAUCAAGAAUUACUAAUUUCAAGACAAAGGACAUGACCGAAUUGAGCAAGUUCCACAAAGAUGUUGAAUCUAUUCUUGAGAAUCUAACUGAUGAAUCACAGGUGCUAUCGCGAUUCGAAGGCUUCCCUACAAAGAAGUUGGAAGCUAUUAGAAUGGCAGCAUCAUUGUACAAUAAGCUUGAUUCAAUCCUCACUGAACUUCAAAAUUGGAAGGUAGUGGCUCCUAUGGGUCAGCUUCUGGACAAGGUUGAACGUUAUUUCAGCAAGAUUAAAACCGAUUUAGAUGCUUUGGAACGAACCAAAGAUGAUGAGUCUAAGAAGUUUAAGAGUCACAACAUUGAAUUCAACUUCCAUAUUUUGAUAAAGAUCAAGGAAGCAAUGGUGGAUGUUUCCUCCAAUUGCAUGGAGUUAGUACUUAAGGAGAAGCGGGAAGAUAGCAAGAUUGAUGGACCAAAAAAGGAAUGUGCAAAAAUGCUAUGGAGGGCGUUCCAAUUUACAUUUCGUGUCUACACAUUUGCUGGUGGACUUGACGAUCGUGCCGACACGUUAACAAGAGAAUUGGCUACAGAAAUACAAAAUGAGCCAAACCAUCCAUGAUGCAAACAUAUAUGAUUUUAUAUGGAGUGAAAUUUGAUAUGGUGAGGUUCAUUAUGGAUAUAUACCAUCAUCAUGAACCCCCUUUUAGUAGUUGCAAAGCCAUCUGUAUAUUGAAAUGAAUCAUUGGCGACUUGGAGUUUUUUUUUUUUUUUUUUUAUAGGAGCUAGCCAUGGUUGAAGAGUUUUUAAAACUAGUUUCAAAAAACUCUACCAGAAAAAUGUAUAGCUUAACCGGAAGCUUAACUAUUUUAGUUAAUUUGUUCUAUGGGUCAUGUU